GCUACAUUCAACCAAAAGAGCCAUCAAAAGAUUCUCGUACGCCACUAAAACAACAAAAGGUAUUACAUGGUAUCGUAAGGCCGGAAACUUUUUUCCGACAUUUAUUCUUGGCAGCUUAAUUUCCAGGGGCGCUGGAGUAGGCUCUACAUAGUUUAAUGGAGUACGAAGACGGGGUGCACAAGACUGUUCAGUUUGCCCCCUUGUCGCGGUCGGUGGCUGAGUACGAAGCAAUACACAUCACAACGAAGUUCGUCGUACUCCUGCCUUACAUCGCGCCUCGAGCCUUGAAGGAAAGUAUGGUAACUCGCGGGAUGUCUUUGCGGGAGAUAGUAAUCACACCCAAAUGCGAACGCGAUGAUCAUCGAAAUGUUCAACGAGUAGUGCAUUUGGGGCUUCGUAAACUUUGACUGGGGUGUCUAGCGCA